AUUUACAAGUGCUCUCAUUAACUUCAUUGAAAAAAAAAUGCACAAAGAAAAAUAGUUAUUGCAAAACAUUUAUGAUUAUAAAAUACCAUUUUAUUAAAUCGAAGCAAUUUUCCAUGUGUAGAAUUUAUGCAAUAUUAAAACACAAUAAUUGUAUUUUGAUUUUCAUAAGUAAAUUUAACAUUUAUUUUAACUAGCAUUGUAAACAUUUUUUUUUCAACUUAGGUAACCCACCAUUGUCAGUAAAAGGGGCAUUCCAUUAUUCUUGGGACUAUGCUCAGCAGGUACAUAUACCUCAUCAUGCUCAGCAAGUUGGACCAGAAUAUUUUAGGACACCACGCAAAUGCAAUGUAUUUGGCAUGUGCUCUGAAGGAUCAGGAAGGCAGGUAUUUUAUCUGAUUGAUGAGGCAGACAUGGUGGGCAAAGGAGCAAACAGUGUGGUCAGCAUGGUUCAUCAUUAUUUAACCUACCAUGGCCUUGGUGAAGAGGAUGGACUGUUUCACUUUGACAAUUGCAGUGGACAGAACAAAAAUAACACAGUUCUGAUGUUUGCAUUGUGGAGAGUCAUGACAGGGUUACACAAAAGCAUCCAAUAUUCCAUGAUGAUUGCGGGUCAUACAAAGUUUGAGCCUGAUUGGCACUUUGGGGUGUGGAAACUGAAAUGGAGGAAUUCUAAUGUGGAGACUUUAUCUGAAGUAGCUGAGACUGUUGCACACUCUAGUAAGAAUGGACACAAUAUUCCACAGCUCACAGAUGAUGCAGAAAAGCCUGUUGUAUUCGAUGACUGGAAAACAUACCUGCAGCAGUUUUUUAAGCCAUUGAAGAACUUGACAAAAUACCAUCAUUUUUAGUUCAUUCAGACAAGCCUGGAAGAGUGGAAGUUCAAGAGAGGAUCUCGGGACACUCGAUUUCUGUCAAUUUAUUGAAAAAUAACAUGCAUCUAGUGAGUGGUCAACUUCCUGAAGCUAUUCCAAGUCGAGGAUUAGAUCUGAUCAGACAGUGGUAUUUGUAUGACAACAUUAGAGAAUUUUGUAACUCAGAUGUUGCUAAAGAUGUUGUUUGCCCUAAACCAAUCCAGCCAAAGCCUGAAAUUAAUUUAACAAACAAAGAGAACAGCAGGCCCAUUUCCACAAAAAGGAAACAGUCUUUGCUAAAAUAAUUUGUUUGCUGACCUAUAAUGUGUAAUAUUUUGAACAUUUCGAACCUUGUGUAUCUUCAAAUCUUCAAGUGCCUUGAUUGCUUUUGCAAUGUUGAAGGAGAUUUAAACCUUUGCAUGAAAUGAAAUCUAAAAUAAUUUGUCACAAAAGAUGUAUAAUAUAUAUAUAUUUAUUUUUUAUCCAGCAUAAUAUUUUACUUUAAUAAAAAAUAAAGAUACAUGUAUAUCAAAAAUGGCAUACAAAUAAAAUUAUUAAACCCUAUAACAAAUUCUUUUCGUUACGUCGUGAAAUGAAAGUGCACACUGAUAACUAUGUACAUUUUCAAUUAAAAUGACUUCUACGGCAACAAGGAUUUUUUUUAUGUAUUGAAAAAGAAAAAGUCAUGUGUGCAUCAAUAUUUUAAUGUGAUAAAGUACUGAUGUAUUAGAAGACAACAAAAUUUCGAUAAAAGUUGUCUACCUAAAAUGUCACUUUUUUUGGGGUACAUUUUCAUUAGUUUUAUUUUACAGGACGUCAUCAGGGUUAUAUCUUUUAAACAUCAUAAUUUCAUAAAGGGUUGGAAUUUUUCAAAAAUAUUUUGGAAUUGAGUUUUAGACAUCAAUAUAUACAAGAAAAUACAAAAAAGUGAAAAAUUGAUUUUUCCUCAUCUGGACCCAUUUUGCCAGACGCUGUC